AUGUGUAACAACAACACUUCACUUCCCUCAUAUCCAAACCUUAAAAAAUCUGAACCCUCCCCUCCUAAAGAAAGUAGAGAUUUGGUGAAUGCCUUCUUGAAAGCGUUUCCUCAAGAUGAGCUACCUUUUAAAACUGAACAUCAGCAGUACCGUAAACGCGUACCCGAUUGCAUAAAAUACUUGUAUUAUCUUUGCAUUGCUGAUGAAAAACGUUUCAAAGAAGAACAUAAACUCAGGUCUCACUUGUAUCCAGAAUCAUGGAAGCAGUUUAGAAACUGUUGUUUGGAUUUAGUGAUUGAUCAAAAUUUUAACGUUCCUAAAAGAAAGAGAGAUUAUAGUCGCCUCUUUCAAGAACGCUUGGCAUGGUUACCAACUAUGUAUCAGGAAGUGUUCACUCUUCGGAGGGCUGCUGCUUAG